AUGCAAUCAAUCACCCUCCAAGCCCCCGCCAAGGUCAAUCUUCAAGUCCGAGCCGGGCCUUUGCGAGAUGAUCGAUAUCACGACAUCACAUUGGUCUACCAAGCCAUUUCGCUAUACGAUACUUUGACCAUCACGUACCAGAAAGGCGUCACAAUCAAUAUAUCGGGCACACAGAGCGAAAGAAUUCCAACCGACGAUGCGAACCUCGUGCUCAAGGCUGCGAAAGCGCUCGGUGCUCACGUAGGCAUUGAGCCGCAAUUACACUUCGACCUGGUCAAAGUAAUACCAACGCAAGCCGGGCUUGGGGGUGGAAGUUCCGACGCGGCCGCGGCCUUGGUCGGUUGUAAUAUCCUAUGGGGCUCGAAUGUUUCCGAUGACGAUCUUAUGGCCAUCGGAGCAAGGUUAGGUGAAGAUGUGCCUUUCUUCAUUAUGGGCAUGAUGGCCCUUGGAUCAGGGCAUAGACAGCCACUCGUGAGCCUACAAGCUGGCGCACACAGAUGGAAUUGGGUACUCGGUGUGCUGUCUGUUGGUCUAUCGACUAAGGAAGUCUUUGGAAAGUACGAUCAAUUAUCGGGGCAAGUGGAAUCGGCCAAAGAAUAUGCGAUUAACAGGCAAAGGUGCAUUGGCAUUUCGUGGGAUAUUCAUCCACAAGAUCUGACAUCUGCUCUUGUGAAUGAUCUCGAAGCGCCUUCGGUGGAGCUCUUGUCGGAGAUCGACGUUGCCUUGCGGGCUGGGAAGAAGGCUGGUGCGAUCGCAAGUCUCAUGAGUGGUUCUGGGUCCACGUGUGCAUUUUUGGCUAAGGAUGAGGCCCAUGCAAAAGAUCUGAAAUUAGAACUGCAGCAGGCCACUGUUUUCAAUGACGUUUUGCUUGCAUCAGGGCCGGUGGAAGGUGUCCGCAUUCUCCACGAGCAAAAAUAG